AUGCUGUUCUCCAGAAAAAAGCAAGCGCAGGUCCAUUCCAUCCGCAGCAACAUGGAGCUCUCUAAGAUGGAACGGGAGCUCUUCUCAGUGCAUGUGGCAUUUUCCAUGGAGCCUCACGAACUGCAGCUGAAGGCGUCCAACGGAGACGCACGAAGGCUGAUUCUGAUAAAAGGAGCUCCUUCCGAAAAUGGCUGUGUACCGGUUGAACAGCUGGAGGGCUCUGAGGAUGAGGCUGACAUUGAGGACCAAGCUGACGUACAGGGUGUGGAUGGUUUCCAGGAUGAGCAGGACGCCUUGCUGGAAAUGGACCGUUUCCAGGAGGAAGACACAGGUGUAGAAGUGCUGGCUGACACCAGUGAUGAGGACAUGGUCAAAGAGACAGUGACCACCAUGCACACCAGAGUCAAGCCUCGGUGGCGCACCGCGGACGAGUCCGCACGGGUUCCGAGGACGGAGCUCUUCACAUGGGACCGGCCGAAGGUCACCGUCCGGGCCACCCGAGCCGUUGGCCGCGCGGCGGUUCGGCGCGUGCGGCGCGGUUCGGUCUCGUCGCUCGUGGCUGCAGCCAUUUUGAGGAACAAAUACGGAUUGGACAGGGUAGCUUCACCCGAGGGACGCGUCCUCCCGCGGAACGCAUCCCACGGGUCCGGCAGUGCAACUGCGAUGGUGGACAAUACCGGUGUCGACUUCCCGCUGGACGCGGAGGGCAAACGCUCCACCACGGGGCUGAAUCAAGGCGCCUUUGCAGCCGCCGUGGAGAAGCACAGCGCGGAGGCUCACGAGGCGGUGCUCAAGGAGAAGAAGUGGCGCUUUGGCUAUGCGCGUCAUGUGCUUCGGCAGACGCAGCUGGCGGCCUCCAAGAGCGACGUUGCACUGGGCAUCGCGCGCGAUGGUUUGGAUUAUUUGCACAGCUCGAUGCAGUUCUGCCGCGAUGGUGGUUGCUCCUUGAAGGAGGCGAUGGCGAAGUUCAAGGAGAAGUCCUUUGAGUCGGUGGUGAUUCAGGGCACCGGCUCCAAGGAGGGCUCCGUUCUGGAGGUGCCUUACAAAGGCCGCAUUCUACGGGGCGAGGCGUUGAACUUGCAACUGCACACCUGGCUCCAGCGGGGUGUGAUUGAGUUGGACACGGCGUUUGCCCUGUGCAACCUCAUCGACCGGCCGGAGUGGUUAGAUCUUUCGGACCACACCUUUGUGCUCUUCGGCGCAGGCUCGGCGAUGGGACCCUUUCCGCUGUUGAUGCAGCUGGGUGCCCAUGUGGUGGCACUAGACUUGCCGAAGCCCGAGAUUUGGAAGCGUCUCAUCUCGGUGGCGCGGCGCUCGCCCGGGAAGCUGACGCUGCCGUUGCACGAGAAGGUCGACGCCUCCGACGAUGCGCAGCUGGCGGCGGCUGCAGGCUGUGACCUGCUGCGGCAGACGCCCGAGGUGCGCAACUGGUUGCUGGAGCUGGGAAACAGCGGCAAGUGUGGCAGUAUGGUGUUGGGAGCCUAUUGCUAUGCUGAUGGACCUUUGUUCGUGCGAGUGAGCAUGGCGAUGGAUGCCAUCAUCGCAGAUCUGGUCGAAGGCUUGAAGGAGAAGCCAAAGGUCGCUUACUUGUGCACCCCGACCGACGCGCACAUUUGCACAGCAAGUUCCAAACAGGCAGCUGCCGAGAAUCUGCGUAAGGCUCCGGCCUGGCAGCCGCUGCUGGGGAAGCUCUUGGGCUUUGCGAAGAUGGGCUUGGUGCCUAAUAGGGUGAAGGAGGAGCCUGGGGCUCUUCCAGUGGUGGAUGCCAUCGUGAAAGAGCAAGGGCCGAACUACUGUUUGGCCAAACGCUUACAGCACUGGCGGGCGAUCCUAAGCCGAUCCAAGGGCUGCGUGGUCUCCUCCAAUAUCGCACCGGCCACGGCCACCGCUAGCGUGGUCUCCAAUAAGUCUUUUGCUCUCGCCUAUAAAGGAAUGCAUCACUUCAAACCCAUGGAGGUCUUUCAAGGCGAAACGUCCAACGCCGUGAUGUUGGGCCUGCUGGUGAACGAUCUGCGGAACCCUUCCAGUGCAGCACAGAGCACCACGGCCAAUCCCAUGCAGCUCUUUACAGCCACUGCCUUCCAUGGAGGAGCUUGGCGGGUGGGCUACAAGUUCAGCACCAUUGGUCCGUGCUCGGCGGUGGCGUAUAUCGUGGCAUCCAUGGUGGUGCCCUGCUGGUUGGUGAUCUAUUCGACGCUCCAAAUGUUGGGCUGGUCUUCUGCCCUCUUCUUGAUUGGGAGCCAAGGGGCACCAGCCGCUGAGGCUGUCAUCUCCAAAUUCACCUACUUUCAGAUCGCUGAGAUUCUCCACGCUGUGCUGGGCAUGGUGCCAUCGAAUCCAGUGACCACUGCCAUGCAGAUCACGUCCCGCGUCGGCGCCGUGCAGAUCGUGGCGGCGGCGGCGUCGGCGGCGAGCCGGUCGGCCAUGCUCCCCUGGAUGACUCUGUUCUACGUGGCUUGGAGCAUCACCGAGGUGGUUCGCUACUCGUACUAUGCGCUGAACACUGCUGGAGUGCAGCUCUCGCCUCUCACGUGGCUGAGAUAUUCCACCUUCCUCUUGCUCUAUCCCGCCGGCGUCACAGGUGAGCUUGGAACGGUGUAUACGGCCCUGCCGGAGUUGGUGAGCAAGGCGCAAGAGGCGUGCGGUCUUUGGGGCCAGGGCUUUUAUGGACUCCUGCCGGCUGCAGUGGUACGGCUGGGUUUCACAGGUACCUUGGCCAUAUAUGUCCUAGGCUUUCCAAUGCUUUUUGGAACCAUGCUGGGACAGCGCAAGAAGGUGCUACGUCGAAUGAAGGAGGCGUCUGAAGAGAAGAAGUCCAAGUGA